AAUGAACUUUAAAAUUUUUGUAAGAAUAGAAGUGUUUGCGCUUUAAAUUUAGCCAGGAAAGAAAUUGGGUUUAAAUUUAACAGACUACUACGCAAAUCUGAAGGUUACAAAAUAAUUUCACUAAUUCAAACUAAUUUUAGUUUAGCCUCCGUAGUGCAGAUGUGUACUAUAUUCACAUUUUUCAUAGAAUAAAAAUAUAGGUUAGAUAUGCGACAUGUAAAUAAUUUAAAUCAUUGCGAAAUCUUUGUAUUUUUAUAUUGAAAAAUUAAUAUGUGGUCAUUUUUUUCGCGAGAUCCUUCCAAAGAUUUUAAUUUUGAAAUAGGAGAAGUGAUAGUAGAGUAUGAAAACAAAAGUGUAUGGACGCUUCAUAAGGGCAAGAAAAAGGGUGUCAAUGAAGAAGUCUCUAUUUUUGUCUAUGACAUUAAAAGUGGUUCAGAUGCCCAACUUGACAUAGCCAAAGCAGCAGUAAAACGAUUGAAAACUCUUCGACACCCAAGUAUUCUCACAUAUCUUGAUAGUUUAGAAACGGAAAAAGUAUUGUAUUUAGUAACAGAACAUAUAGACCCACUUACAGUUCAUUUAGAGAAGCUUCCUCUUGAAGAGCCUCAAAAAGAAUUAUAUGUUGCUUGGGGGAUUUUUCAAAUAACUAGAGCUUUAUCAUUUUUAAAUAACGAUGGAAGCUUAAGACAUAUGAAUGUUAAUAUAUGGUCAGUAUUUGUUAAUACAUCAGGGGAAUGGAAGCUAGGAGGUGUAGAAUAUGUUUUAAGUGCACAGGAGAACAAUACAUUUAUAAAUAAAGUUACUUCUUGCUUGGAAGUAUAUGAUCCUCCUGAAAAAAAUGAUCCUAGUAAACAACGUUCUAUAACUAAAUGCUCUUCUGAUAUGUGGGGAUUGGGAUGUUUAAUUUGGGAGGUGUUUAAUGGACCUCUAUACCAACAAAGUUCUUUAAGAAACUCGGAGAAGUUACCGAAACAACUAACAAAUUUGUAUGCGGAACUGGUUGGUUCUAAUCCACAAAGUAGACCGAAUCCAGCAGAUAUAAUCACAAGAUGUAGAAAGUUAGGAGGGUAUUUCAAAAAUGAUCUUGUGGAUUCAUUGCUAUUCCUAGAAGAAACUCAAAUAAAGGAUAAAAAUGAGAAAAAUAGAUUUUUUUCAAAUUUAACGCCACAUUUGGACAAUUUUCCAGAUAAUAUUUGUAAACAUAAAAUAUUGCCACAGUUAAUUACAGCUUUUGAAUAUGGAGAUGCAGGUUCAGCAGUAUUAGCUCCGAUGUUUAAAUUGGGAAGGCUUCUAGAUGAAGCUGAAUAUCAAAAGAAAAUUGUGCCCUGUGUUGUAAAGUUGUUUGGUAGUAAUGAUAGAGCAACUAGGUCCCGAUUACUUCAACAGUUGGAACACUUUAUCAGCCAUUUGCAAGCUAGUACAGUCAAUGAUCAGAUAUUUCCACAAAUUGCUCAUGGUUUUAUGGACACCAAUCCAACAAUUCGAGAACAGACUGUUAAAUCUGUGAUACAUCUAGCUCCUAAGUUAAAUUACAACAAUUUAAAUGUAGAAGUAUUGAGGCACUUUGCGCGCCUGCAAGCUAAAGAUGACCAAGGAGGCAUUAGAACUAACACUACUGUAUGUUUAGGGAAAAUAGCUCAUCAUCUGCACCCUCAAAUAAGGCAGAAAGUUUUAAUAUCUGCUUUUAUAAGAGCCAUGCGUGAUCCAUUUCCACCUGCCAGAAAUGCUGGUGUUUUGGCCUUGGCAGCUACCCAGCAAUACUAUUUAUUAGCGGAAGUAUCACAAAGAAUAUUACCUGCUUUGUGCCAUCUUGCUUUGGACCCGGAAAAGUCAGUUAGAGAUUCAGUGUUUAGAACGAUUAAGGGAUUUUUAGGAAAAUUAGAAAAAGUCUCUGAGGAUCCUAGUCUAAGGGAAAGCAUGGAAGCCGAUGUUAAUACUGCCACUCCAAGUUUAAGUAACGCGGCAGCAACAUGGGCUGGAUGGGCUGUAACGGCUGUUACAGCUAAGUUUUACCGAAGCCAGUCGGACACGGUUAAAUCAAUGAACACUUUCGCGAGCAAGAUGAUGAACAAGCCAGGAUCUUUAGAGCAACCAUCCAGUAGUAGUAUAUCAACCACAACUUCCAGUGUGACAUCCAUGACAUCACUUGAACAUGAGGAUGGGAGUAGGGGUAACGAAUCAGUGUCUGAUUACGACUAUGAUCACUGGGGUGACAACGAUAAUUGGGGGGAUAUGGAAACAGGGGGGCAAAUGGCUAGCAGCAGUGGUAGUGGGGGCAUAACAGGUACUCAAAGCGAUCCCACAAGUCCUCCAUCGGGUUCGGGCGGUGUGAAAGUGACCGACGGUUGGGAUAACGAAGAAUGGGGAAGUUUGGAGGAAGAGCCAGAAGCUGAACUCACGUCUCCGUCAAGCGCUUGGAGUCCCACGGACAUCACUCCAAUAAUUCCUCUAAAACCAGAAAUUAACAAGUCAGCCAUUACCAACCGAAAAACACAGUCCACCUGGGACGAGACUGAAUUCGAACCUAUAGAUGAAAAUUCAAGUACAAGUAAUCAAAAGUUAGAAGAAGCGAAAAGAAAACGGGAAGAGAAGAAAAUACUUCGACAGAAGGAACUGGAAUCCCGUCGAGCUAAUAGAACUGUGGGUGGUCCUAUGAAACUAGGAGCGAAAAAAAUGUAAAAUCUGAUGUAAAGAAGUUUGUAAUUACUCAGCUUCGCCGGUAAAAAUGAUUUACGAUAUUAUUCAUUUGUAAAUAAUAAUGGGAAAAUGAUAAAAGUUAUUCAAGACCGGGGUAUACAUUAGAGAAAAAUCAAAUAAUCUAUAAAAAAUAUGCAGGGUUUUUGUGAAGAAUGAUGCAAAAUGUAACUGUACCACUAAUCAUAGACUACUAUGACAGACAUAUUGGAUUGUAGUAAGAUUAAAAUAUAUUAAAUAUACAAUCUAAUAUCUUUUUAAGUCUUCUAGAUGUUCAAAACAUUUAUUUAUAUAUAAAAAAGUUAACUGCAAAAAAAAUCCUUAACUGCAAAACAGUCAUUUUUUUUUAAUUUAAAAUUACAGACGUAAUAUGCUGAUAUUCUUAUUAUAAUUAAAUAAAUGUUGAUAAAUUACUUUAUAUAAGCUUAAAGUGUUAUACUGAAUGUACUAUAAAUGUUUUUGUCUUCUUUAAUCAUCUCUUUCAGAAGAAAUUUUAGACUGUAAGCCUAAUAAAUUUUAUUUUUUACAGUUUAUAUCUAUUUAUACUUAGAUUCGUUUUAAAUAAAACUUUUACGUU